AGAGACAGCAGUGCAGGGGGGCAAUCAGAGGCAACAAACACCUCCCCCUCUCCCCCAGAAGGCCCAGACAGACAACCCGAGGCCGCCAAGAGAGAUCCGCGCCCAACCACCGCCCGCCGCCGCCUACCUUCCUCCUUCCCUCCGGCGAGCGGGGCCGGAGACGGGGAGAGAAGAAGACGCAUCCCUUCCUCCUUCCCUCCAGUGAGCGGGGCCGGAGAGGAGAGAAGAAGCCGCAUCCCUUCCUCCUCCCCUCCGGUGAGAAGAAUCCGGGGACGGGGAGAGAAGAAGCCGCAUCCCUUCCUCCUCCCCCGCGGUGAGAAGAAGCCGGGGACGGGGAGCGAAGAUGUUCUACGGGGCGAUGGUGUGGGACCCGUGGCUGAUCGUGUCGCAGAUCGUGUGCCUGCAGUGCCUCUACUACCUGGCCCUCGGCCUCUCCAUGGCGCUCCUCGUCGGCGCCCGCGUCCCGCGGCUCACCCUCCUCUACUUCUUCGACUUCGCCACUCUCACACCGCGCACACCCACCGGGUGGUGCGCCAUCGCCUCAUUCCUCCUCGCCGCAGUCGCAGGUGCUGGAUUCAUGCUUUAUGUGAUUGAGAGAGCCAAGAAGUGCCUGGACUUUGCAGCAACCCUCUACAUAAUCCAUCUCUUCAUUUGUAUUGUUUAUGGUGGUUGGCCAGCUUCAGUUACAUGGUGGGUUGUCAAUAUCGCUGGUUUGGCAAUCAUGGCUCUCCUCGGUGAAUACCUAUGUAUUCGGCGGGAGUUGAAAGAAAUUCCAAUAUCACGGCUUCGUGCAAGUAAGCAAUUCAAUCCCACCAAAUGUCUUUUUGUUUCCUUUGCAUACUUCCUAUCUACAUGUGGACUCCACUCAAAUUUAUUGGCUUGUCUAUUUAGCCUCUUACUGAUUUUUGUGUGAACAAUAGUCUGGUGCUGGCAAGAAUUUUACAGUGACUAAGUUUACAUCGCCAAAAUUCUUAUAAUCUUAAUGUUGCCACUUAAUUGUGUUGAGAUAUUUGAACCACCACUCAUCUGUAUUUUGAAUAGUCACCAUGAGUCCUAACAGUAUUACUAAUUUAGUGGUGUUAGCACCAGUGACAUAUUGUGCCGAUAGUGUAAUGUGCACAUCUGAAUAGAUCUCUGGUAUUGUUGUGCUGUGCUGUCUACUGAUGGGGCUUAUCGGAAGGGAAUUGCAAAAGUUCAAGUAGAGAGGCAAAAUAGUGUAUGCUCAGACAGGCUCGUUGGAGUUUGCUUGUUUAUUUGGCUAAUUAUUUAGGCAAGUUAUGGAUUUCCUACGGAUGUACUGGUGGUUCACAAAUUCUAUAUUUUGUGUUGACUAAAUUUGGUUGGCCAUUGUCAGCUCUGUGCCAAAUUGCCAAUUACAUCCCACAUCAGUUCCAGUUCUGAGUUCUGACAACUUCUUGUAUCCUAAUCCACUUGUCAUCUGUGUGGAGGAUAGUUUAGUUGGAAGCAGCAACAAGCUAUAUGGACCUGUUUUCCCGAUUGGAUCAACUUGUUUAAUCACUUGUUACAGCAUCUUGAUAUUCCUAUUGUGGCAUAUAUGAUAUGCAAUCAAGUUUUCUGGCGCUAAAUGUUCAUUUUGCUUUUUUUUUUCUCUGUUUUUAUGAUGAAAAUAGUAAUCUUCGUCAAAGCAUAGAUGCGCUAAAGCUCAGUUUAGCUUGCAUUUUCAUUGAAUUUUUCUGCUACAUUGCAGUAGUUGAUCUUUCCCUGAGUGGUCCUCCUUAUAAUUCCAACUAGA